UGACAGUUGAUCCGUUAAGUUGCUUCAUGCCAGUAGGUCGUUAAAAGGAGAAAAGUGAGCCAUGAAACUGAGGCACCAGUAAGAGUGGCAGGGAAAAAUAAGAGGGAAGGUGUUGAGGCUACGACCGUUGUGUUGUGUUAUUGAGGCAGCUGCUGCUGAGCAGGUGUUAGCGGCACCAUCUGUGGCACUGUGCUGGUAGGCACCCAAGUAGGGGAGUGAUGGCAGAAGGUAAUGGCGGUGGUGACCCGGGGUCACAGAUAGAUGGCGAGCGAACAGAAGAUUACCAGAAAUUGAUUAAUUAUGGACUAAAUGAAAAAGUUGCAGCAAAACUAGAUGAAAUCUACAAACAAGGCAAACUGAGACAUGAAGAUUUGGAUGAGCGGGCAUUAGAUGCAUUAAAAGAAUUUCCUGUUGAAGGUGCAGUUACUGUACUCAAGCAGUUCUUGGAAUCCAACUUAGAACAUGUAUCUAAUAAAUCAGCUUACCUCUGUGGGGUAAUGAAGACGUAUAGGCAGAGGAAACAGUAUAACACAGACAGCAUGGCUGUCAAUCCUGGUAAAGGACCAAAUGAAGAGAAUUUGAAAGCUAUUCUGGACCGCUCAGGGUAUACACUAGAUGUUACAACGGGACAGAGGAAAUAUGGGGGCCCACCACCUCAUUGGGAAGGCCCACCACCGGGUCCAGGAUGUGAAGUUUUUUGUGGAAAAAUCCCUAAAGAACUUUAUGAGGAUGAGUUGAUUCCUCUUUUUGAAAAAUGUGGGGAAAUAUGGGAUUUACGCCUUAUGAUGGACCCAAUGACAGGUCAAAAUAGAGGUUAUGCCUUCAUUACUUUUACUACUCGGUCAGCUGCAAAUGAAGCGGUCAGACAGCUGAAUGAAUAUGAAAUUCAGCGCGGCAAAAAAUUAGGGGUCACUAUUUCAUACAACAAUCAUCGAUUGUUCGUAGGAAAUAUCCCCAAGAACAGGGAGCGACAUGAAUUAUAUGAGGAGUUUGCAAAGCACGCACCUGGUCUGGUAGAAGUGAUAAUUUACAGCUCCCCAGAUGAUAAGAAGAAGAACAGAGGUUUCUGCUUUCUGGAGUACGAGUCACAUAAGGUGCGUCUCAUUAUUACCUUUUAAAAUAUAUUGAAUUGU